GGUCCUUCGUCAACGUGGGAUACGCGAAAAUGUGAAGUUUAUUUUGAACCUGAUUGCAAUUCUUUUUCCCAUGGUGGCCACUUCCUAGAAUAUAACAUAACGCCUGUCGUGAUUUCGGUGGUCUUAUCAUGAUGCCAGGGGACAGCCAUUUCAAAACGGCCGCUAUCGCCGCAGACGCUACGAUUGGGAACUGUCAGAACUGCCCUGUUCUGCACCAGAGCCUGACCGAAUAUGUGACGUCAUUUCUGGCACUAAAACAGAAGAUCGCAGUGUCCGAUGAAACUAACAGGCUUCAACAACAGCUAGAAGAGCUGCAGAUCAGAUUGGUUACGAUGGAGAAAAAGUCUGCAGAUUAUGAAUCUGUUCAAGCAGAACUGGAGAAAAAGACUGCAGAUUAUGAAUCUGUUCAAGCAGAACUGGAGAAAAAGACUGCAGAUUAUGAAUCUGUUCAAUCAGAACUGGAGAAAAAGUCUGCAGAUUAUGAAUCUGUUCUCGCUGAACUGGAUGAAAAGUCUGCAGAUUAUGAAUCCCUUCAAGCAGAACUGGAGAAAAAGUCUGCAGAUUAUGAAUCUGUUCAAUCAGAACUGGAUGAAAAGAAGGGUGCUCUUAGGUCCUAUGGACAGAUGUCAGAAGAGAUGGACAAAUUAAAGCAGCAAACCAGCAGGACAAUGGCAGAAUAUAAGAAACUUGAAAACCAUCUUAAGGAUGUGGAAGAACUGAGGGAAACAAUGUCACUAGAAAAUGCACUGCUGAAGAGGGAAAAGGCUUCUGUAGAAAAUGAUUUGCUGAAAUCACAGACAACUUUAAGGAAAUCUCAAGCUGAAGCGGAUCAAGUUGAAAAAUUGGUAGAGGAGAACGCCAAGACAACAUGCAUAAAAGACAACCUGGAAAAUAAAGUAGGACUGCUUGAAGAUUCAGUUUCCAAACAGAAUCAUCAUAUAUCCCAACUGACUAAAGAUAAAAUUGUGCUACGGAGAAAUAUCGAUGACCUCCAGGUGAGACUGAUGAAACUGGAAAGAGAUCGUUGUAAAGAAUACAUCAGUGCAUCAACUCAAGCAAGUACACCUGAGGAGUCUAAAGUUGACAAAGAAAAGUUCCAGAUGCUGCUACAGAACUUGUGGACAUGUGUGGAACCUCAGCAGAAACUCUUGUUGCACGUACCUGAGUCCGGGUCCAAGCAAGUUCUACCCUGCUCCCCGCAGAAGAGACUGCAGCCUCAUCCGAGUUCCACAUCCCGUCCCGCAUCCCACAAGACCAGUGAAUCCAACAGCCACCGUGUGCAAGCAGAUGCCAGCGUAUCAGCGGCGACGCUCUCCCCUCGUGGGCAGAAGAAAGCAUCGCUGCAGUCAACAAAUGCCACCAAGCAAGCAGACGCUCCCGGAAGGAGCAAGACGUCCUGCAAGAGCAAUAGUGAGGAGUCAUCUGCUGAGCCGAGCAACUCUGAAGUGUCUGUUGAGAAGAUACUGGCAUUGUUCCAACCAAUUCUCCCCUGCAUAUCACCUCUACCAGAUUUGGACACAGAGAUUGAAUCUAUGGAGACAACUGACUGCGAAAAGGAAAACCAUCUUGAAUUAUCUGGUGACGGUGUUCUUCAUUCGCAAGAAGAGUCCCUACUCAUCACAACGUCAGUAACAAGCCGCUGUCUGAAAUCUUCUCAACUGGCAACACAGGACAAGGUGAACUCGCCAUUGGUCACAGCGCACGGAGUGCAACCCAUUUCCAAUGAAAACGACUACAAAGACUCGGGACAAAAUGAGUUAAGUGGCAUUACGGAAAUGAAGGGCAAAAGAGGCACAGAAGGUGAGGAAAUACAUCUUCAAAAAGUCAUGCAGAUUGAGCAGGACCCAGCAACCGUGACAUUAGUAUCAGCAUCAUCUGCUGCUUCUUCCACAUUCAACAUAACAGAUUUUGUCGAGGUUGACUCAUUAAGGGCUGAAUGUCAAGAGCCGCCCUGCAGUGUAAAACACAGGAGCAGCAGUGACAGUAUACUCUCUCAAAGUGGAAGUGCUUUCAGAAAGGAAGAGGAAGAUUGGUCUGAGACAAUUACGAAGAUGGAUGUAGACCCAAGCCCCAGUGAUGUUAGCGGUACUCAAGCAGUCCCUCCCGGUGGUGGAGAGUCCCCCACGAGCAAGGAUGAACCCACACUCACCGAGGAAACAGGAAAUGAACCAUUGGUUUCUUCCCCAGUUACUUUCACAACAUUCAUUGGCUCUGUGACAAAUGCUGAGGUUACAAAUGCAGAAGAUGAUUCAGAAAUUGCCAAAAGUCCUCCGGACUAUGGUGGUCUGGGACAGGACAGUCAAGCCCCCACAGUCCCUGAGCCCCAGGAGACCACAAGCUGUCACCGAAACGACACUGCAGUACCAGACGAUGUCCCCUGUGCGACAAGCACCAGCGUCUCAAAUAGACUAAAUGUGGAGGAGAGGCUUGAAAGGCCUCCACCCAUCAAACCUCCUGGGGAAGACGUCGGAAAUAAAGCGCAAGGAGCUGAGGUAACUGACGUAGCCGCUUCCCCCUCGGAGCCAAACGGGGCCAACGCACCUCCUUCUCCCAGCGAGUCCCCACUGUCGGAGUCCCAUGCUGAGCGGGAGGCCGGGCAGGCACACGUUGACACUCGUUCUAAAGAAGAUGGAGACCCGGAGACACUGGAGAGUGAAGUGCCGGCGCGUUGCGAGCCUUUGUCCGCGGACCCCCAGGAGAGCGUCAACUGUGAGUCUCUGGAAGAAAGCAUCCAUUCGGCAUGCAGGCGAUUGAGUCCUUCGUGCCUGUUGCCCACUUUGAAAUUGCAGGCGCUGCCUAAUUUAGAGGAGAACCGUGUGAUUGAAAAGGCUAAAGUCAAAGAGCAGCUUCAGGACAGCACGGACGCCAGUCACCACAAAGUAAUGAAAUACAACCUGCGCUCCGUUCGGUCUGCGGCCUCCGUGAAGGGGGCCUCCGCUAAAAGCGCACGUGACAACACUUUGGGGUCGUGUGCAAAAGUGCACGACAGACCAAGCACUCUGGUGAUGAGCGAGAAAGAGUCCAGCCCAGUGGCCGGCUCAACUAGACCCCAACCUCCGGAAUGCAUCGGCCGGGUCCGCUCUGAGAUGGGUCCGCCGCUCCCUCGUCUUCUAACGCCGCUGAGCACGCCUCCGAAGGCGGGCAAAUCCAUCAACCCGAGGCAGGCCAUCGGGAAACUGUCGUUCCCCUCGCCCCGGGAUCGGUCGGCCUCGCCUGCCACUCCCGUCCCGGCCCACUCGACGCCCCUAAACCGGCAGGCGAGCUCCUCGUCCUCCAACAGCCCCCUCCCUCCGGACGGAGUCCCCUCCUCGCCGCUCCAGUUCGGCUCCGCCACGCCGAAGCACGCCGUGCCCGUCCCGGGUCGCCUGCCCGUGGCGGCGCUGAGUUCGUCGCCGUCGUCCUCGUCGAGUCCGUCGCAGGAGAACUCCAUGAGGAUCCUGGACACCAUGUACCCCGAGCUCUCGGCCCACGGCCGGACUCUGAGCAUCCUCCGAGGCAACGUGGGCCUCAGCGUGGGCGCGUCGGAGGGCGGGGCGUCCCCCACGGCGCCCGACAGUCAGGUGUCCUGCUUUAAAACCGUGAACGCCGCGUCGACGGCCUUCACGGAGCCGAGGGGAGGAAAAAGACAAGCCCCCGAUCUGCCCCCACCUAAGAGCAGCAAAUGCCUCCGGCUGGACAACCGCUCUCCGGGCGCCAGUCGCCCGCGGGCGCCCUCGGACAGCGGCGAGGAGAGCGCCUCCCCCGAAGGUGCAGAGCGCGAAGAGCAAAAUCCCAUCGCCAAGUAUUUAGUGAAGAUUGAAAACCAGGCUUUUGAUCUAUUGCCUGUGAUCCAGAGCCACCUGUUUGUGGGUAACCUGCCAACAAAACCCGUCCUGAGAGACGAGGAGAAGGAGGUGAUCGCUGAGAUGUGCCGAAGCGGCGCGAAUCAGCUGGAUGAUGUGAUUCUGCCCAUCCUGAACAAGCUGAAAGCAGAGAGAAGUGCUGGGAGCAGGAACUACCUGCAGGCCCUGUGCAGAGUGUACACAGGGAUCUGUAGACAGGCGGGAGACUGGGAGAAGGCUCACAUCCUGGCCUACAGCCUUCUCACCGAAGAUUUCCCAGACUCUGCUAAGCUGAUUUUGUUCAUGGUGACAACGUGGCCCAACGUUCUCUCACACAGCAGCUCCCUCGGGCAGGCGAUACAUACGGUCACCAAACUACAGGCGCAAAAAGACACCCUCGGCUGCCUUUCAAAAUUCCUCGGUUGGGAGAAGAGUCCUCCCUGUGACAUCGACGAGCUCAUCUCCAGAACAGUCUCUGAUAUUCGGGGCGGGUCGAGCCUGUCUUUCACCACGCAUUGCCGCUACGGGCAUGAGCUCGGGCCUGAGGCCUGGCAGAAUGUCUUAACGCUGCAACUCCUUUGCACGCAUAAGAAGUGGCAGUGGACCUACAAUAACUUAUUGAGCAAGGAGUUGUGGCCAUUGAUGAACACUUGGGUGUCCCAGCCCAGAGAACAACAAGCCCCCAUCUCUGACGUGACUGUCGCCACCGUGCUCCGACUCAUAGGGCGCCUCGGUCAACUGGGAAUGAAGAAGAGGUGUGUUUCCUCUGUGCUUACUAUCGCCAACGUCAUCAACACGUUUGGUAGGCACGGACACACAGAAGGUGUUCCAUGGGAGGUCCAGUUAGCAGCCAUCUACUGCAUCUACGACCUGUCUCCCUGCAAUCCCAAAGAAGCUCUGGGUGCGCUGGCAGAAUGGCGAGGGGAAACGUCUCACGGGGUCCCUCCUGCAGUCACGAGCUGCAUGAACCAGUUGGCUUCUGUCUGCAGAGCGGUUGCGAGCUGAGAGGAACAGUUUUAACUUGCUGACUGGCAGUCUAUGACAGAGAUGUACUGCGUUUGGGAAAAUCACAACUUCCUUAGCACUUGAUGCCUGAAGGUUCAUGUUAGGUUUUGAAUUGACAUGUGCUCCCGUUUUUUAUUUUUCUUAUGUGCACUACUACUUUAAAAUGAUUACAUUACUUGAAUAUACAAAUUUGUCUUACAUUGUAAUUGUUAGGGACAUGCAAAAUGGGUUUUCUUGACAUUUUAGCUGUGCACACCCUGUAAUUAAGGUACUUAAUUACAUAAGUCCCUGCCAUUUUUGGCUGUACUCAGGUAAUGCUCUAAAGUAUUGUAAAAUAUGUAGAUGUGUUAUAUAAUUAUAGCGCUACUGUAUAUGUUUCUUCAUUCAAUGCUUGUAAAUAUUAGUUAUCGCUGUUUUGUUUGUAUGAAUGAAAAAUAAGUAAAGUUUUUGUACAGAGAUUAUUUAAAUUUUUCAUAUUAAAAUGUCGACAUAUUGAAAGAGUGUUUCUUCACCUGUCUAAAUGCUA